CAUUAAGAACCGCUGGAAUGGCAAUAAUGCCGGCUGCUGUCAAUGGAAAUUUUUGACAGCUGCGUGAAUAGGAGAAAAGACGGUGCAAUCUUGGUGGUUUGUUUAUUCGAUUGCAAAAACGAUAGCAUACCCGGUAGUAAGUGGUUGUUGAAUCGAAGAGUUCGUUUUGCUGCUAACGAGAAGAACAGUUACAGUGCGAUGGCCGAUGCGAAAUCCGAAAUUGACAGUGACGCUGAACAGAACUAUUCGCUUAACAGCAAUGUGGAUCCGAAGAACAUGCAGGAACUAACGAUAUACGUGCAAAAUCUGCUGCAGAACGUGCAGGAUAAGUUCCAGACGAUGUCGGAUCAGAUCAUUUCCCGCAUCGACGAUAUGGGCACUAGGAUAGAUGACCUUGAAAAGAGUAUUGCCGAUCUGAUGCAGCAAGCUGGGGUCGAAGGGCAGGACAAGUAGGAAAUGCAGUGUGGUCUCUUUGGAUCGACCACUGGCCAUCAUACAUUAUGGUUAAUUUGGAUGUAACACUCACUUCGCAUUAAUAUUCAUCCCUCUAGAAACACACACAGAGACACAUUCAUAAACACGCAUGCAUUUAUCUUUGAAUUAAAGAAACGUUCACACUUGUAUCAGGUAAAACGAGGAAAUUAGGCUUAAAGUGAACAACUAACAACUACACGCAAUUGGCCGGUAAAGCUAAUGGAAGUUCGCCUAACGCUUAUCCAUCGAGCGAGGGGGAUAGAAAUCGCCUUUAAGGAUAUGAGUUAUCGAUGGACAUUAAAUUGCACAGAACAUGCAUAUUAGGACUAUCGGUAGAAUGUUUUCGAUUGUACACCUAAGCACUAAGGAUGAAUCUAUAAUAUAAAGCAGUAAAAAUGA